AUGUUGAGAAUUAUAAAUAAGCUUCUGAAAUGUAAAGCUGUACACAAAGCCCUAAAGCGGUUACAGGGGAGCCAAACAAAUGUAUUUAUAAACGGUAAGUCAAUAACUGUGCCGAGUUACUUCACUGUCCUUCAAGCUUUGAGGCAUGAACGCGUUACGAUCCCUUCAUUUUGUUACCACGAAAGAUUGUCCAUAGCAGGAAAUUGUAGGAUGUGCCUCGUACAGAUAGAGGGCAUGUGGAAACCGCAGAUAGCUUGCGCCCUACCAGUUUCCAAGGGCAUGAAAAUCCGAACGAAUUCAGAAAUGACUUUAAAAGCACAGGAGGGUGUUUUGGAGUUUAUUCUAGCCGAUCAUCCGCUAGACUGUCCUAUUUGCGAUCAGGGCGGCGAAUGUGACCUGCAAGACCUCUCAAUGAGAUUCGGUAAUGAUCGAACUAGAUUCACUGAUAUACAUUUCCAAGGGAAACGGGCAUCGGAGAGUAAAAACCUUGGACCACUCAUUCGAACAGAAAUGACCCGAUGCAUUCACUGCACUCGGUGUAUCCGAUUUGCUUCACAGGUUUGUGGCAUGGAAGUUUUAGGCUCCACUGGGCGGGGUGGUGAAAUGUUGGUAGGUACUUACAUAGAAAAAUUUUUCCUCUCCGAGCUGUCUGGGAACAUUAUAGAUUUAUGUCCUGUUGGAGCUCUAACGAACAAACCGUAUAUGUUUAAAGCUAGACCCUGGGAGCUUGGACGAAUCGAUUCCAUCGAUUGUACAGACGCUACGGGUACUAACAUUGUAUUGAACUUUAGAUUUAAUAGAUUACUGCGGAUUCUACCCCGUGAAAACGACGAAAUUAAUCAAGAAUGGCUCUCUGAUAAGGGUCGGUGGGCUUUUGACGCGCUCGAGGUUCAAAGACUUGUUACCCCGAUGUCCAGGUUCGAAGAUAGAUUAUGUCCGAUAGAAUGGCACGUUGCAUUAGAAAGAGCAGCUAAGUUAAUUAGAUGUACUUGUCCGCCCAGGUUAAUGGCUAUAGCUGGUCCGUAUUGUAAUGCAGAAACGCUAGUAGCCGCUAAAGAUUUAUUUAAUGCAGUCGGCUGCGAUAAUACUUACGUAGAGAGAGGUAUGUCGUACUCGAACACGGGCAUCGAUAUCAGAGCUGCGUAUUCCCUCAAUGUCAACAUGAGAGACGUCGAAACUGCCGAUAAAAUAUUGCUUAUUGGCACAAACCCUCGGUUCGAAGCCCCGAUAUUAAAUGCGCGUAUCAGAAAAGCCUAUACGCACAAUGAAUGCGAUAUUUACGCGAUUGGGCCCAACUGUCAAUAUAAUUACCACGUUGAAUAUAUAAAAGAUUCAGCGUCUGCAGUGACCUGUUUGAAAGGCGCUAAACGGCCUUUAAUAUUCGUCGGGGUUGACCAAUUACAAACUCUGAGCGCAGUCGGUAUUAUGAGUGAGGCGUACAAAAUUGCAAGUAGUUUAGGUGAAAUUGAUAAAAACUGGACAGUAGUCAACGUUGUGACUAGAGAAGCGAGUUUUGCUGGGGCUUUAGAGGCUGGAUGGAAACCGGGAGGUUUGGAUGCGGUGAGACGUGCGACUCCACAAGUCAUUCUAUCGCUUGGUGCUGAUGACAUCUUCUGCAAAUGGGAACCGCCGGAAGAGUGCACUGUUAUAUAUGUAGGGUUUCAAGGAGAUAAAGGGGCUGAGGUAGCUACGCUUAUUCUGCCUGGCAGCGCGUACACAGAAGCUGGAGGAACGUACUUGAACAUGGAAUGUCGUAGUCAAUACGCAUAUCCAGCUAUCACUCAACCCGGGAAGGCUCGCUCCGACUGGAAGAUCAUAAGAGCGAUUGCGGAAUACGCUAAAGUAUGCUUAUUCUACAGCGACACUGAUUCUAUUUGCCUCAGAAUGUCGCAGAUCAGUCCAAAUUUAGUUCAUUUGGGAAAAUAUCAGGAAAAGCUUUUCUCGGAGAACAUUCCCAAGAUGAUGAAGAAGGACACCUCUGCAGCAAAGGGUCAGAUGAACAUUCAGAUGAAGAAUUUGAAGGAUUACUACUGUUCGGACACGUUGUCUUGUAACUCUCCGACGAUGGUGAAAGCGCGAAAAGCCGUGGACACAUUGGAGGGUUCUGCUUAUGCGGUUAUAUAA